AUGGCCCGAGGAAAUCGUACCAUUGUGACAGAAUUUGUCCUCAUGGGAUUCACAGAUCAUCCAGAGCUUCAGGUUCCCCUAUUUGUAGUGUUCCUAGCAAUUUACCUCAUCACUCUCAUUGGAAACCUUGGAAUGAUUCUCCUAAUCAGGCUUGAUUCACGACUUCAUGUUCCCAUGUAUUACUUCCUUAGCCACCUUGCCUUCAUUGAUGUCUGUUACUCCUCUUCCAUUGGGCCCAAGAUGCUACAAAACUUAAUUGUGAAGAAGAAAACCAUUUCCUUCUCAGGAUGCUUCGCACAGCUGUACUUCUCAAGUGCUUUUGCCACAACAGAGUGUUUCCUCUUGGCCACAAUGGCCUAUGAUCGCUAUAUGGCUAUUUGUAACCCUUUGAUUUACACAGCCAUCAUGACCAAAAGGGUCUGUAGUGAGUUGGUAAUUGGUGUCUAUACCUAUGGUUUCCUCAACUCAAUAAUACAGACCAUCCUGACUUUCCAGUUAUCCUUUUGUGAUUCCAACAUUAUCCAUCACUUCUACUGUGCUGACCCACCACUCCUGGCACUUUCCUGUUCAGACACUCACUCUAAGGAGAAACAGCUCUUGAUCUUCUCUGCUUUGAAUCUCACUAGUUCCCUUCUGACGGUUCUUGUUUCCUAUAUUUGCAUCCUGGUUUCUAUCCUGAAGAUCCAUUCCUCAGAAGGGAAGUGCAAAGCCUUCUCCACCUGUGCCUCCCACCUGACGGUGGUCAUCAUCUUCUAUGGGACUCUCUUCUUCAUGUACCUCCGGCAACCAAAAGCAGGAAAUGCCUGGAAAUACAACAAAGUGGUCUCGGUGUUUUAUAGCCUUGUCAUUCCCAUGCUAAACCCACUGAUCUACAGCUUCAGGAAUACGGAAGUGAAGGAUACUCUGAAAAAAAUCCUAGAGGGUAAAAGGUCCUAA